UCAGAUACCUCCUCAAAGGAGAAAAUGCCUGGGGGCAGGAGAGAGUACUGGAGAGUGCUACUCCCCAGUGGAGGCUUCUCCCCCAGGUGUGUCAGUGUGACUUCAAAGCGACCCUGGGCAACCCCCGAAAACUCCCAUGUGGCAGACACGACAGUAGAUGCAGAUGGUCUGUGGCACAGAUGGGCAUGCAGGUGUAUGCGCUGGCACCCUCCAAAGGCUGUGGGUCAGCUCUGGCCACCCCUGGUGACCGCCUGCGGACCACCCACAGGUGAUGUGGUGGACGUGUACCAGCGGGAGUUCCUGGCCCUGCGCGACCGGCUGCACGCCGCCGAGCAGGAGAGCCUCAGGCGCUCCAAGGAGCUCAACCUGGUGCUGGACGAGAUCAAGAGGGCCGUGUCCGAGAGGCAGGCGCUGCGGGACCGCGACAGCAACCGCACCUGGGGCAGGCUCACCGGUGAGAGGCCGGGCGGGGGCUCGCAUAAGCACGUGCUGCACUUGCCCACCGUCUUCCACCACCUGCCGCACCUGCUGGCCCAGGAGAGCAGCCUGCAGCCGGCAGUGCGCGUGGGCCAGGGCCGCACGGGAGUGUCGGUGGUGAUGGGCAUCCCCAGUGUGCGGCGCGAGGUGCACUCCUAUCUGACGGACACACUGCACUCGCUCAUCUCGGAGCUGAGCCCGCAGGAGAAGGAGGACUCGGUCAUCGUGGUGCUCAUUGCCGAGACUGACCCGCAGUACACCUCGCUGGUGACAGACAACAUAAAGGCCUUGUUCCCCACAGAGAUCCAUUCCGGGCUCCUGGAGGUCAUCGCCCCUUCCCCGCACUUCUACCCUGACUUCUCCCGGCUCCGAGAGUCCUUUGGGGACCCCAAGGAGAGAGUCAGGUGGAGGACCAAACAGAACCUCGAUUACUGCUUCCUCAUGAUGUACGCGCAGUCCAAAGGCAUCUACUACGUACAGCUGGAGGACGACAUAGUGGCCAAGCCCAGCUACCUGAGCACCAUGAAGAACUUCGCUCUCCAGCAGCCUUCAGAGGACUGGAUGAUCCUGGAGUUCUCCCAGCUGGGGUUCAUUGGGAAGAUGUUUAAGUCCCUGGACCUGAGCCUGAUUGUGGAGUUCAUCCUCAUGUUCUACCGGGACAAGCCCAUCGACUGGCUCCUGGACCACAUCCUGUGGGUGAAGGUCUGCAACCCUGAGAAGGACGCGAAGCACUGUGACCGGCAGAAGGCCAACCUCCGCAUCCGCUUCAAGCCGUCCCUCUUCCAGCAUGUGGGCACGCACUCCUCACUGGCGGGCAAGAUUCAGAAACUGAAGGACAAGGACUUUGGGAAGCAGGCGCUGCGGAAGGAGCACAUGAACCCCCCGGCCGAAGUGAGCACGAGCCUCAAAACAUACCAGCACUUCACCCUGGAGAAGGCCUACCUGCGGGAGGAUUUCUUCUGGGCCUUCACGCCUGCUGCGGGGGACUUCAUCCGCUUCCGCUUCUUCCAGCCACUGCGCCUUGAGCGGUUCUUCUUCCGCAGCGGGAACAUUGAGCACCCAGAGGACAAGCUCUUCAACACUUCUGUGGAGGUGCUGCCCUUUGAUAACCCCCAGUCAGACAAGGAGGCCCUGCAGGAGGGCCGCUCAACCACCCUCCGGUACCCGCGGAGUCCCGAUGGCUACCUCCAGAUCGGCUCCUUCUACAAGGGCGUGGCUGAGGGCGAGGUGGACCCUGCCUUCGGUCCCCUGGAAGCACUGCGCCUCUCCAUCCAGACAGACUCGCCCGUGUGGGUCAUUCUGAGCGAGAUCUUCCUGAAGAAGGCGGACUGACGGAGGACUUCUGAGGACUGGCCCUGAAGCCCAGGAGACCGGGACGUCUUCGCUGCUGCCCCCGCCGGGCCAGAUGUGCCCACCCAGCCUGAGGGGUUGUUCCUGGCACCUCUCAGCAGCCUGGGGUUGCCGCUGGCCGGGAGGCCCCAGGAGCUGGUGCUGCCCACCCGCCCGGCCGCGGGAGGAGGCGGUGGUCCCCACACUGUGCCUGAGGCCGGCCUGAGCCGCCCUGAACUGUUCGCAGCUGGCAGGUGGGCUGGAGCCAGGCCGUUUUAGAAGAGCUUUCCCUGGGCGCCUGCGCUCUCCGGCGCGAACACUGGAAUGCAUAUACUACUUACGUGCUGUGUUUUUUAUUCUUGGAUACAUUUGAUUUUUUUCACUUAAGUCCACAUAUACUUCUAUAAGAGCGUGACUUGUAAUAAAGGGUUAAUGAAGUGUGUGCCUCA